AUGUCCUACAAGCCACACCACCCCACCGUUCCCACCAACCCGAAGGUGUACUUCGACAUCAGCAUCGGUGGUCAACCGGCCGGCCGCAUCGUCUUUGAGCUCUUCGCUGAUGCCGUUCCAAAGACGGCAGAGAACUUCCGUGCGCUCUGUACGGGAGAGAAGAACUUUGGUUACGCCGGCAGUGGUUUCCACCGCGUUAUUCCGCAGUUCAUGUGCCAGGGUGGUGACUUCACCAACCACAACGGCACUGGCGGCAAGUCUAUCUACGGUGAGAAGUUUGCCGAUGAGUCCUUUGCUGGUAAGGCCGGCAAGCACUUUGGCCCUGGCACACUCUCCAUGGCAAACGCCGGCCCCAACACGAACGGAUCGCAGUUCUUCAUCUGCACCGCGCAGACCUCGUGGCUCGACGGCAAGCACGUUGUCUUUGGUCAGGUGUUGGAGGGCAUGGACGUUGUCAAGGCGAUGGAGGCUGUCGGCUCCCAGAGUGGCAAGGUGAGCAAGCCUGUGAAGAUUGAGGCAUCCGGUCAGCUAUGA